AUGGACUGCCAUAAAUCAAGAAUUGCGUCCAUAUGCACGAAGAUCAUAGAGGAGCCGCAGGAGAAUCUGAAGAUGGUAGGUGAGAUAUUCAGAAUGCUCGAGAGCGAAACAGCGGAGAGCAGGAGUCGAGGGAUUAUUUACCUGUCUCUUUUCAAAGUGUUCAAAGCAAUCGUUCCCUUGUACAAAGUCAGAUCCUUGAAGGAUGUGGUGAAGGACAAAAGAGACAGCCUGCACAUAAAAGAUUACGACAAAAACCUCUUGAGGUGGUAUGCAUCCUACAUAAAGGCAAUGGUCGACGAUAUGUCUGAUGAAAGCUACAUCUCGUUAUGCGAGGUCUUGCAGCAUUUCGACCAUUUCAAUUGCACUGAUAAGAUUGUUUCGGGUGUGCUGAGAGGGUCUCUUAGAAAGGGGCCUGUAUCUGUGAUGUGUUGCAACACAAUAAGAUCAAAGCUGAAGGGAGACUGCUCUGGAGAAAUGAUUAUAACUAUAUUGGAUCGGAUGCUUGACUUCGAGUACAAUCCUUUGAUUCUGGAGUACUUAACAGACAUUCCAUUUGUGGAUAACUCUCUGAAGAGCGACGAGGAGAAAGCCCGAGAGUAUUGGGAGGCCAAUAGAUCUGUAUCCAGGAAAGAGAAGGGUAGCAUAUUUCGUAGGAAGCAGAUAUUCAGUAAGAAGCUGAAGAAGAUGGAAAGAGAGCGGCUGAAGAUCCAGUCUCAAGUGAGGGAUGAGGAGGACAUCGAGGAGAGAAUAGAGGAAAUGAAGAACUGCAAGAAGAUUUAUGAUGCUAUCCAGAGACUGUACUUUACAAUCCUCAAGGGAAGUAAGUAUGAGUGCUACAAGCAUGUAUUCAUAGGACUUGUGAAAUACAGAAAAAUCCUUCGUCCUGAGUUUAUGGAAGGUCUUUAUUUUUUACUAAACAAUAAUCUCUCAAGAGUACCACCAGACGCCAAGAUUCAGGGGAUAUCGUGCAUACUGACUCUGUAUGCAGAUGAAUGCUAUGACUUCGGUGGAUUGGUGGACCUGGUGUAUUCAAUGGUUCAUCCGAUGAAUCCCGAGAUUGUAGAUAAUGACGAGCUUUCAAAGGCCAUCAGGUUUCUAUUCAUAAAAACAAGGCAGCCCAUCCACAGAGCACAUGUUUUGCUCAAAAGGCUUAUUCUCUGCUGUUGCACCAGAUCCAUCCCGGAGUUCAGGUCCUUGGUCAAAGAUAUCUCUGCAUAUUACGACAUAGAGUUUUCAGACUGCACCAGCCCAAAGUGCCAAGAGUUCGAUCAAGAUUCUGCGCAUGUUGAUUUAAUCCCAGACAAUCCCUUCUUCGAAUACUUUCUUUACAAGCAUAUACUUUAG